UUCCCCAUGUGCUGGGAGGAACAGCCUGCUGCACUCACAACCGGAGGACAGCAGUAAGUCAGGGCCUUCUGUGCCAGCUUCAGAGCCUGUCACUGAUUCUGCAGGAAAGGUGAGCACCAUCAGGGAAAGGGAGCCAGCAGCAAAGUAGGAGCUGUGAGGAUCAGGAAGAAUUCAGUGCCUGCAAGAAGCUAGCUGAGUGAGCACCUCCAUUCUACUAGGUACACAUGGGAGGACGAAAAAUGGCAAGAGAUGAAGAAAGUGCCCAUGAUUCUGGAGACACCACACAGGCCCUGCAGAAGCUCGGGCUGAGGCUCAUCCUGGUGGGGAAGACAGGGGCUGGGAAGAGCGCCACGGGGAACAGCAUCCUGGGCCACAGGCGCUUCGUCUCCAGACUUUCAGCCACCUCGGUGACCAGAACCUGUGAGGUGGGGAGCUGCAGGUGGGAUAGAUGGCAUGUAGAAGUCAUGGACACCCCGGACCUUUUUAGCUCCCUGGUCUCUAAGACAGACGCAGGGUUCCAGGAGCGAGCCCGCUGCUACUUGCUGUCAGCUCCUGGCCCCCACGCGCUGCUCCUGGUGACUCAGCUGGGCCGCUUCACUGCACAGGACCAGCAGGCUGUGAGCGCGCUCAAGGACCUGUUUGGGGACAAUGUGGUGAAGCGCACCAUCGUGCUGUUCACACGCAAGGAGGACCUGGCUGGAGGCUCUCUGCAGGAGUACGUGCACGACACGGACAACCGUGCACUGCGGGCUCUGGUGGCCGAGUGCGGGGGCCGUGUGUGCGCCUUCAACAACAAGGCGAUGGGUGGGGAACUGGAGGCCCAGGUGCAGGAGCUGCUGCUGCUGGUAGAACGCCUGGUGCAUGAACACGCGAGUGUCCCCUACUCCAACGACGUGUACCGCCUGGCGCAGGAGCUGGCCUUCUCCAGCCCCGAGGAGCAGCUGAGAUUGGUGGCAGAGAAGCUGGCAGACCGCGUGUUGGUGCGACAAAAGCGAGGGCUGCUGGGCCGACUGUGUGGGUGGGUGAUGGCUGCGAAGCUGCGCACAGCCACACUACUGGGCAUCCUGUUCCUGCUUUGGGUAUUGCUCUCCAGACACUGGUCCUAGGCCUUGGACGUGGUCCGUCCUGAAUGACUAUUUAAGUAGGAAUUGGAACCAUUCUCUACUGGAGUCUGUGCCUCCGGGGCCCAUAGGUUUUCCUUGUGUCCCUCACUGGCAUUAACUUACCAAUCCAAAGACAAAAAUCCUGCCCGCUCCCAUCCACCUCCCAAACCUGCCCAUGGGACCUGGCCCUUCCUGAGCUCUUCUUACUGAAGCCCAACAAGUAUUGCUCUUGCCUGUUUUCCACUGACCUCAGGCUGCUGUCCCAGAUCCUGGUAUCAUCCCUGGUCGCCCCAGGAGACCAAGGAGCAGAGCCAACACAAAGCCUCCGUCCAGACCCACUUAUUUCAAUUGAAUUGCCUGAAUAAAGCUUUGGUUGUGUAUUAAC